CAUUUGAAUAACAUAAAUAUUCUAAUCCAAUGUUACCAAAAUUAUUUGUUAUUAAUUUAAUGGUAUGGAGUAGUUUCACGUAAUUAAGAGUAUUAUAUUAUGCUAUUAAUAACAUUAUGAAAAUUUAAUUCAACUCCAUACACAAAAAAACAGCGCAAACUCAUUGGAAAAAAAACCAAUUUGUCUCAUUACUCAAAAAACCAACUCAUAUAAAGUAAACACAUUUUGGAUCGAAUAUGGUACAUUCAUGACAAACCGUUCUAAACACAGAGUUAAGUAACUUCCAUUUACAAUCAAAGCAAAUAAGUCAUUGGCUUUAAAAGAUUAUAUUAUAAAUAUAUCGUGAACGUUGUUGUUCCGUGAAAAUUAUGAGCGUUGAGUCUACAGAUGGAGGAAAAUGGUCGUGCGAAUAUUGUACUUACAAGAAUUUUCCAUCGUCGUUAAAGUGUACCAUGUGUCGUGGUGCCAAACCUCUGUUAAAUGAAGAUAUUUAUAGAUUACGUGAAAAUAUUGAUACGAAUGAGUUAUCGAAUAUGAAUUUAUUAAGUUUAGCUAGUGGUCCGUGUGAUAUCACUACAAAUAAUGCAAGUUGUGAUGGAAAAUGGAUUUGUGAUGUUUGUACGUAUUUGAAUUCACCAAAAGAUUUACGUUGUAAUCAGUGUCGGACGACGAAAGCUACACAUACGCUAGAUAACAUCAAUACCACAACAGUAACAAAUAUAUCCGCAAUAAAUUUACACGAACACAUUCAGCCAUUACGUAUAUCUCAACAUUCAGAUUUAGCACAAAGUUUGAUAUCACGCUCACGCAAUAAUAGUCCACCAACAAGUAGUUCAACAGUAUCUUUAGAUAAAAGUAGGCAGCAACAGCAACAACAACAACAUCGAUCAACAACAAAUAAUAUAACAGUGACUGGUACAGCAACAAUAAAUAAUUCAACAAUUGGCUGUAAUAAUAUACAAAAAUGGUCGUGUAUGGCAUGUACUUACGAGAAUUGGCCAAAAUCAUUGAAAUGUGCAAUGUGCGGUACAAUGGGUAAUAAUGCAACAAAUAUAUCACGUUCACAACAAGCUAGUUGCCUUAUAUUACCAACAUCUGAUCGUGAAAAUAAUGAACAUUGUCGUACCAAUACCAACAUUCUUGAUGAACGUGUACAACAACGUUCUAGUUCACAUCGCUUUCAAGACACUGCAGGUGCUACAAAUAAUUUAGAAGCAGAGAGAGCAGCAAAAGCGUUUAGAAGAAAUGCGGAUUGGGGCUGGUUAAAGGCAUGUUUAGGUGUAUUAGAAGGUGAUCCUAGUCCAGUAGAGGCAUAUUUAUCAGCAGGUGGUGAUCCUGCUCGACAAUUAAUUGCACAAGAAGUAGCUUUAUUAAAUAGAUCAUCCGCGUUUGAUGUGGGACAUACUCUAGUACAUUUGGCAAUUCGAUUUCAUAGAGAAGACAUGUUGGCUACAUUAUUAUCUCAAAUUGAAGGAUCUGAAUCGGGUGUAAAACGAGUGCCUAGUUAUGUAGCUCCUGAUUUAGCUGCUGAUAUUCGUAGAUAUUUUGCAUCAACAAUACGUCAAAGAAAAGGAAGUUUUCCAUGUUAUUUUGUAACAGAUUUGCCAACAUUUGCUUUACCUGCUGAAGUGGAAGAGUUACCAGGUACUGUUCAAGAACAAUUAUUUACUGAAUUAUUAGAUAAAGAUGCUCAACAGCAACUUGAAAGUGAACCACCGGCUGUGAAUUGGUCAUUAGAAGUUACAAUGCGUUUAGGUUCACGAUUAUAUGCAUUAUGGAAUCGAUCAGCGGGUGAUUGUUUAUUAGAUUCAGCAAUGCAAGCAACUUGGGGUGUAUUCGAUCGAGAUAAUGCUUUACGUAGGGCAUUAGCUGACAGUUUACAUCAAGGAGGGCAUGUUUUCUAUCCAAGAUGGAAGGAAUAUGAAACGAGUCAAGCUUCAUUACUAGAGUUUUCGUUAGACGAAGGACAAUGGGAAGAAGAUUGGACGAGUUUAUUAUCAUUAGCAAGUCAACCUGGUGCAAGUUUAGAACAAUUACAUGUAUUUGCACUUGCACAUAUAUUACGUCGUCCAAUUAUUGUAUAUGGUGUUAAAUAUGUGAAAAGUUUUCGUGGUGAAACAAUUGGCUAUGCACGAUUUGAAGGUGUUUACUUACCAUUAUUAUGGGAGCAAAGUUUUUGUACACGAACUCCCUUAGCAUUGGGCUAUACACGUGGUCAUUUUUCUGCAUUAGUUCCAAUGGAACCUUAUAGUCGUUUAGUUGAUACACGUACACAAACACAACAUUCGCCAUCAGAUGAAUUACAAAUUACAUUUUUACCAUUAAUGGACCGUGAUAGAAAAUUAUUGCCAAUUCAUUUUUUAACUCAAUCAGAGAUGGGCCGAGAAGAAACAAUAUUAAGACAAUGGUUGGAAGUUUGUGAAACAGAGGGUGGCAUAUUAGUUGCACAACAACGCUUACAUAAACGUCCAUUAUUAGUUGCCCAAAUGGUUGAAGAAUGGUUAAAUCAUUACAGAAGACUUGCCCAAACAACAUCAGCGCCAUUUGCACGGCCGAUUCCUAUUCAAGAUUAUUCAAGUGAUGGGGACACAGAUGAAGAAUAACGUCAGGCGAGUGCGGCUAAACGCACCCCUAUUUCCAACAAUAUCGCGGAUAGUUUCCGUGGAUAAAGUAAUAAUAUCAAUAUUACUACGUCAUCGUUGUGCGAAUGUUUGUUCAAGAAUAAUAAUCUCAACUCCACGUUCUAUUUUUUCUUUUUGCACAUAUAAAUAAUUGAACCAUCAAAUUAAAAACAGCGCCUUUACCUUUUUGAUAGAAUAUUAUUUGAG